AGUAGCCAGUUUAAUAGAUGGUGCCGCGGCUGGUGUCAUAGUCCAGUUUAGUGAGGUUCGGCGUUGCGUUAAAGCUUUAUCCAUUUCUGCAGGGUUUAGGAGCUUCUGCAGAACAUUAUGUGUGUCGUUUGUCAGGCUGUCGAAAAUGAGAAAGUGGGAAAUACGACUUUGAGCCGCUAGCCAAAGUUUACUUCCUGAAUGGAAGAACUGGCGACUGUUUAGUUCAUUGAAACUCGGAUACAUGGCGACUUAGUGACAUAACAGGGCGCAUCUUCUCCCGAAAGUACAUUUUUCAUCAUAUAAAAAUAAUAAAAUGUCCCCUCCGGAGCCAGACGACACCACUCCAUUGCUGCGGGAUGAUGCAAGCAGUGAUGGCUCCCAGGAUGGGGACUACAGGAGCAGGUGGAGGUCCAUCAGAGUCAUGUACUUCACCAUGUUCCUCAGCAGUGUUGGAUUCACCAUUGUCAUCACAUCACUCUGGCCUUACUUAGAAAAGGUGGACAGUGGUGCAGACGCCAGUUUUUUGGGCUGGAUGGUGGCGGCUUACAGUCUGGGCCAGAUGGUGGCCUCGCCCCUCUUCGGCUGGUGGUCCAAUCACCGGCCGCGCAGAGAGCCGCUGGUGUGCUCCAUCUUCAUCAACCUGGCGGCAAACAUCUACUACGCCUACGCUUACCUGCCGAAGACUAACAACAAGUACCACCUGUUGAUGUCCAGAGCCUUUGUGGGCUUCGGAGCAGGUAACGUUGCUGUGGUGCGGUCUUACGUUGCCGGAGCUACUUCACUGAGGGAGAGGACUGGCGCCAUGGCGAACAUGAGCGCCUGCCAGGCUCUGGGUUUCAUCCUCGGACCCGCUUUGCAGGCGGGUCUGACCUUCAUCGGUGAGGAAGGCAUCACUGUGGACGUCAUAAAGCUGCAGCUCAGCAUGUACACGACCCCAGCACUACUGGCUGCUCUGUUUGGCCUCAUCAACAUCCUGCUUGUUGUCCUGGUGUUAAAAGAGCAUCGCGUGGAUGAAGAUGGAAAACAGAUUCAAGCUAUCAACUACACCUCUGAAGAUAGAGUUAAUAUUGAAGAAGAUGAGCUGAGCAUCGACCAGGUGGCCGUGCUCAUCUCCAACAUCUUGUUCUUCACGGUCAUGUUCAUCUUCGCCGUCUUUGAAACAAUAGCCACUCCUUUAUCCAUGGACAUGUUCUCCUGGACGAGAAAGGAGGCGGUGCUUUAUAACGGCAUCAUUAUGUGUGCCAUCGGGUUUGAGUCCAUCCUGGUCUUUCUGGCUGUAAAAGCAGCUUCUCAAAGGUUUGGAGAUCGUCCUGUGUUGCUCGCUGGCUUUGCUGUUAUAUUUUGUGGCUUUAUCGUUUUGCUUCCAUGGGGCAACCACUACCCCAAAAUCCAGUGGGCAGACCUGAAAAACAACACACUAGUGGGUGAGGUUUCUAAGGCCGCAUUAGCCUCCAACAAUACAUUUGAGCCAACAGGCUGCCCUUAUGAGCAGACGUGGUGUCAGUAUAUUCCUGCCAUUCACCUGGCUCAGUACAUCUCCUCUGACAUCCUGAUCGGAGUGGGAUACCCAGCAUGCAAUGUGAUGUCCUACACGCUCUACUCCAAAAUCCUUGGACCCAAACCUCAGGGGGUGUACAUGGGCUGGCUGACAGCCUCUGGGAGCGGCGCCAGAACACUCGGUCCCGUCUUCGUCUCCCAUGUCUACACCCUCCUGGGGCCUCGCUGGGCCUUCAGCCUCAUCUGCAGUAUGGUAUUGGCCGCCAUCAUCCUUCUCACCUCAAGCUACCGCAAACUCGUCGCCUUUUCGGAGCGCCACAGAAGGAUUGUCGAGUAACGGCUCCCUUUGGGGCGGAGCCAAUGGAAGCAUGCAACUCUUAUUUGGCUGCAUUUUAUUUUAUCGCCCGUUCCUAAUAAAACUUCUGGUUACCGAUUACCUUUUAUGACUUGUGACUCAGGGUUUGAACCUUUAAACUUCAUAGGAAGCGUUCCCUCGAUGAUGGACUCUAAAAUACUGAUGUUUGUUUCUCUUACCAGCUUUACCUGUAGCUGUUUAAAGCUGUGGGUUUUUCAUUAUUAAAUUAUUCAGAAAGUGAUUUCUGGAUGAGCGUAUUGUCAUAAUUAAAUUGAAAUGUUUAAACUGAAAUAAAACAUUAAAACUCUUAA